CAGUAGGCGCCAGACUUGAUUGCAUGGAGGGAAGAACGCAGUGUUCAAGGUACCGUCUACCUGCUGUGUUAUAAACUGCAAUAGUCGUUCUCACGAUAGAAGUGGCAUAAAGCUUAAGAACGGAAAAUCCUUUUAUCGUUUUCCAGCUUGGAAAAAUAAUAGUACAAGCCAUGUUUCAGAGGUGACAAAAAGGCGACGAAUGGCAUGGAUAGCAGCAGUAAGGAGGCCCAAGAUUACCUUUGAUAACACUCCACCACACAUGAUGGUGUGUUCAAAGCAUUUUCACAAAGGCUAACCUGCCUAUGAAAUGUUGGAGUGUAAUCCUGACUGGGCCCCUUCUCUGUACCUCGGCCAUACUGAGGUCAAAGCUACGAACACAGACCGGUUCAAGUGGUUUAGGAGAAGAGCGACGAGUUCACAACAACAGCAACCCCCAUCGCUAGGCACUGACAACACUGGUCCUGAGGCUGAGUUGGAAGCUCACAUGAAUCAACCCCCAUCGCCAGGCACUGACCACACUGGUCCUGAGGCUGAGUUGGAUAAUGCAGCACCUUUAUACCCAGACAACACUACACCUGCAACCAGUAAAAAGCAGAACACCGAGAACUGUGGCUUUCUUCAGAAGCUCUCGCCUGGAGACCUAGUGUUAGCGGACCGUGGAUUUGAUAUUAAAGAAAGCGUUGCCCUUGUGGGUGCUACACUGAAAAUACCUGCCUUCACCAGGGGCCAUCACCAACUUAAUGCAAAAAAUGUGGAACAGACCAGGAAGUUAGCUCGUGUCAGGAUCCACAUGGAGCGAGUGAUAGGGUGUAUGCGCUCUAAGUUUAACAUAUUAAAUGACACAAUACGCCUGGGAUUUGUGGUGCCUUGUGAGGGGGAGGAUAAAACUGCUGGAUAAAAUUGUGGUUGUGUGCUGUGCUUUGACCAAUAUGUGUCCAAGUAUUGUUGUGAAGCCGUCAUGUUAGAAUUAAGCACCAUGCUCACAUCUAAUAUGUAAAUAUGUUUUUUUCAAAAGAUUUUGUAAUGUCACUUCUCACAUGUAAUGAUUUUUAGCCAUUUCUGUAAAUAAAAUACAC